AUUAAAUUAUUAGUAAAUGAAAAAAAAGCAUUAAAAAAAUGCCAAGUGUAAGCCAUCAUGUUGAUCUUUUUGUGUGUCGGAAAAGCAUCUAGUAUCAGAAGCCAAACAUGACUCAGCAAGACUUCGCAACUCCACAAAGCCGGUGGUGAUAACACUGAUUGGAAAGCAAAGUCUUUUUUUUUUUCCUUUGAGUUAAGACUUGAGACCCCAAAACAUUUGCCUCUUUCUCUCCUCUUUGAUCAUCAGCAUCAACUUCUCAAGGCUCAAUCAACUUCACCAGUUCUAGUGAAACUGUGAAAGUGCCAGUGUUGUUUUUUUUUUUUAAGAAGCUGACAUCAUCAUGGACUUCGACUUCAGGGCUAGUUUUCAUUCUGUCAAACACCUCUCUGCUGUGCAAGCUGCUAGACUUCACUCUGAUAAUAAUAAUUCAGUGAUCCAUUACACAGAUGUAGAUAAUGAUGGCCGGUUUGAUUUCUGAUGUCCUUUUUGUGAUUUUGAAAUUGAAGUUCCUGUGCUCUGCAGCAAUUUGGAAGAGGAGCAUUGCUCUGCCCUAAAAAAUGUGAUAAAGGAUCCAGUGGUCCGGCAACCAUUAUAUUUAACAACUGGGAAAAAUGAAAUAGGGACAUUUCUAUUUAGGUAAGUAAAUCAUGAUUGAAAUCUCUCCAAUUUUCUUUUAUCAGGUUUGUCCCGUUUGUGAAGAAAAUAUAGGGAAGGAUGCAAUCAUGCAAUUUACACAUUCAAGCUCUCGAAGGUGGGCGUGGAAGCCUGAGAAAUCUAGCAUCUGGCCUGGUAACUCCGCAAUGCUUGGCAAGAAGCUGGCCACCAGGGGAAACAAACAAGAAUCAAUAACUGAUCCACUUUUGUCACCAUUUAUCUGCAACGUGCCUAUUCCAAACUCUAACAAUUUCCAUCCAGAUGAAAACUCCAGGUCCAGCAAUAAGGAUAUAGACAUUCCUGAUGCAAAAAGGACUAGCACAUUUGCACCUGAUAUAGGUGAUGAGAAGGAUAAACAAGAGAGAAGGCUGAAGGCUGCUUUUGUUCAACAGUUGGUAUUCUCAACCAUUUUCGAAUAAAUGUGUUCCUAGAAUUUAAAGUCACACAGGGCGUGGAUUGGUAGCAGCUUCUUUUCAGAUAGCCUCUGAUGCUGAUUCAAAAAGCACUGAGUUUUAUUGUGCUGUAUGGGUUUAGGGGAUGUGUAGUAGUCUAAGCAAUAGCUAUAUGUAUUUAACUAUAUUUCAUAUCUUUCAAUUAAAAUUUGCCUUUUGGGACACUAUAUAUAACUUCGUCAAUCUGCUUUACCAUAUU